GUUAUUAUUAUUUUCUUUUUCAUCGAGAAUAUACAUAAAUAUUUGCAUACAAAAAAAAUGUUCAAACUCUAUACGAUCCUCUCUUUGUACGCUAUACAAAUCCAACUGGUUUUCUCUGAUGAUUUUCUCAUAUUGAGCCACCCAGAGUCUGUGGCAUUCGAAGCUUCCAAAGCAGUAAUACCAAUAAAACAGAUGAAGCACAUUUUGAGGGCAGUAAUAGCAGAGUCUGUAUCCACUGGCGCAGAAUUCACAGCUUUGAAAAUUACCAAUAUUUUUAAAAUUCCGAAAACUGCAUAUAUCGUAAAUGUAAAACUUGAUAGUACACCAGAUUAUACUGCGCUGGGCGCCAAGGCGCAAUAUACCAUUGAUGGACGCAUUCCAGGUGCAUCACUACAAAAUGUAUUCAAAUUUACAAAAUCUCAAAUAUUUUUAGAGUUUUAUAAAACUUCUAAGGAUGCUGAAUUUGAUUAUUUAAAAAAAUUAUUAACCAAAGCCAAAGUCAUAGGCGGUGAUGAAGUUGUACCGGAGUUGCAAAAGCUAUUAACAGCAGAUGUUGUGGAAAAGAUAACAGUAGACAUCAAGAAGAACUAUAUAGUUACACACAUAUCGAACAAGAAGAUUCCUUUAGAUUUUGCAAAACUGAAUGAUGUAAUUACUAAAAUGAAGGCGAUCGCAGGGGAGAUUUUUGUUGCUCUUCUAACUUAUGGCCCAGACUCGAGCAUUCCCUUAACGGAAAAUAAGAACAUUAGCACUAUAACAACAAUUGAUCCCACCGAUCAUAGACACUACAAUAUACCGCCACGUUAUGACGAAAACUAUGCCAUAAUAUUCAAUAUAAUUCUGUGGUUCAUGGUGGCUUUUAGCUUGGCUUUAUAUACCAUGAUUUUGGCUAUGAUUAAUAUGGAUCCAGGAAGAAAUUCGAUAAUUUACCGAAUGACGGCAACACGGUCAAAGAAAGACAUUUAGUUUAAUAAACUGCGAAUUAUG